GAAGAAUGCAAAACAACUCCCACGAACACAUUGCUCAUACGGGUUUGUCGAUAACAGAUACACUUAUACUAUUUCUUCCACAAUGGCAACCGACGAAAGGAAUAUGCCUUUCAUUAAACAUCUAGCGUCUAGCGAUCGCAAAAUUCGUACUUCCGCACUUGACACUCUUCGCACGUUCUUGACAGCGCCGACGACUGCUCGAAAACUGACGGAAUUGGACUACCUGAAGCUAUGGAAAGGUCUUUUCUACAGUGUUUGGAUGUGUGAUCGCCCCAUACCUCAACAGAACUUAUGCGCCGAGCUUGCCGAACUCUUAUCUGUACUGCCCACCCCAACCGACGACGAGUGUGUUGUUGUUAUCCCGUUCCUCCGCGCUUUCUGGACUACGCUGUCCCGAGAAUGGACAGCCAUUGAUGUUCUACGCAUGGAAAAGUAUUUGCUGUUAGUGCGCCGUGUAUUUGGUGCAAGUCUUGCCUGGGCGGGAGAUGGAAGGAAGGGUAAGAAAAGCCAGGAGUGGACAGGUACGCGCGUCAAUCGAAUGCUUCGAUUAUUGGAGGAAUGGCCACUCGAGAAAACGGGUGAUCUGGCUAAAGUCCCGGUUGGCUUGCGAUUGCAUGUCCUGGAUAUUUGGGUCGACGAGGCAGAGAAGCUCGAACUGCUAACGGGAGAAAGCGAUGCGAGCUUAGCGGAUUCUGCUGAUUUUCUAGCUAAGCUGCGCCGCAUCGUCGAGGCGCAAUCUAAGUCUACUUGCAAACCCGUCCGAGAUCGGGCUAAAGAAUCUUUGGCUGACGAUAGGUUGCCAUGGAAUAAAGUCAGUUCGUCAGAUGAAGAAGAGACGGCCGAAGGCGGAGGGAAUGACCAGGAUGGCUGGGGAGGAUUCGACGACUAAAAUACCGGGUAAAUUAGGUAGACAUCAUUCAAGUUAUCUGGUAGGACCUGGAGUUUGGGCGUUUAUUCGGAUGGGUAUAUCCAGGUUUCAAGGACAUUGCUUCCGGGAUGGUUCUGAAAUACGCUCGAAGGCCU